GCGCUCCGUCUGUGAGCCCCUCGCAGUUACCUGUUCUACCAGAACUGAUGUGAGCGCGUGUUGGCGAGCACAUGCCACGUUGGGAGAGAAGCCUGAACCUGAAGUGAGACACAGGAGCGUUUUUCCUUUUUUUUUCCCUCCUCCAAAACCUAACCCACCUGCCCGCAAGAGAACAACUCGACCAAGUUGGUCCCAACAAAACCUCUGACACGAACCGAGCCGCAAAGAGGAUCCGAGAGAACCCGCGAGGAUGCACUUGUUGUCCGCCAGCUGCGUGUGCGCCCUGCUCAUCACCGUCGCGCUCCUCCGCCGAGUCAGCGGUUUGGAGAUGGUCGUCGGCCUUUAUGGGGAGACACUCGAGAUCCCGUGCAACAAUGGAGCCAUAAAAGCAGAAGACGCCGUGCUCACUAAAUGGAAAUAUGACGGAGGAGACCUGCUGGUCAAGAACGCGAACCAGAACGUCUCAAUCACCGCCACUGAUGAGUACAAGGGCCGCGUGAGCUUGGCUGCGAACUCCAGCCUGCUGCUCUCUUCGGCCAAGCUGACCGACCAGCGGACUUUCACCUGCAUGAUGGUGUUGUCCUCGGAUAUCAAAGAGUUCCCUGUUAGCGUGGAAAUCUACAAAACGCCUGCGAGCCUGGAGAUUUCUGACAAAGCGGAGGAACUGGAGAUUGGCAAACGCACUAAGUUAGGAACAUGUGUUGCGCAUGAUGCCAACCCAGCAGCAGAAAUCACAUGGUUAAAGAACAAUGAGCGUCUGGUGGCUGAUGAGAAAGGGAUUUCCAUCCAGGCCUUGGUGCAGGUGGACCCUGACACCGGCCUUUCGACCACUUCAUCUACACUGGAGUACUCGGCGAAGAAGGAGGACACGAACGCCAAGUUCACCUGCAUCAGUCAGCACAAGGGACUGACGUCCUCUCCAGUGAGCUUCAACAUCACCUACUCUACAGAGAACAUCGUCCUUCAGGUCAUCGCUCAGGACCCCCUAGUAGAGGGAGACAACAUGACUCUGAAGUGUGAGGCAGAUGGUAACCCAGCUCCUACCAGCUUCAUGUUCCACCUUAAGGAAGAGGUGGUGAAGGUGGAAAACUCAGACACUUACACCAUCACAAACGUCUCUCGUGACAACUCUGGCGAAUACAAAUGCUCUCUCAUCGACGAUCCAACAAUGGAAGCAACCAAGGAAAUCUCAGUCAAAUACCUAGACAUCAAUUUAAGCCCCUCUGGAACUAUCGUCAAAAAAGCCGGGGAGACCUUGGAUCUGACUCUCCAGAUUGAUGCCUCUGAAGACUCAAAGGUCUCUUGGACAAAGGAUAAUGUAAAACUGGACAAAGAGCCCAAAUUCACAAAGGUGAUUUUCUCGGAGUCCGGCCGCUAUGAGUGCGAGGUGACGAUGGGACUCCUCAGCCGAAAAGCUUCUUUUGAGCUGGUUGUUGAAGGUGCUCCAGUUAUCAGUAAGCUGAUCAAACAGCGCGGCGAAGACGGCAAGCAUAAAGUCCUGAUUUGUGAGGCCGAAGGUUCUCCGAAGCCAGCUGUUUCCUGGAGCAUCAACGGCACCUCGCUUGAUGAGAGUCCCUUCGUCAACGGAAAGAUAACACACAAGAUCACAGUCGUGCCUACUGCAAAUCUGACUGUCUCUUGUACGGUGACCAAUGAGUUUGGCUCGGACUCUAAAGCUAUAAAUGUGUCAUCCUUAUUUGAGGAUGUGAGAGUGGAUAAACAAGACACAUUAGAGGACGGGGACCAGACCAAGUUGGUGGUCGGAGUUGUGGUCGGUCUCCUCGUCGCCACCGUGGUUAUCGGCCUGGCGUACCUCGUCUACAUGAAGAAAUCCAAGCAAGGAAGCUGGAAGACUGGUGAAAAGGAGAGCGGCUCCUCUGAGGAGGAGAAAAAGCUGGAGGAGAAAGUGGAGGAGAACAGCCAAAAAGCUGAGGUGUAAAGAAACAGCAAACCAUCCUUUGGGAAUGUGGAAGAAAGUGAGAACAUGGAACUUUUGCACAUUUCUCUUCACCUCUGUCUUUUGGGAAACAAGAAAAAAAAAACAAAAAAAACAAGAGUGUACAUUGGGAUGAAGACGAUUUGGUUUCAGGGAGAAUUUUACAAAAAAAAGCAUAUCCAAACACACCCCGAGUCCCCUCAGACCUUCACUCCCCCUCCAUUCCCUUAAAAAAAACAAAAAGAAUGGAUUCUGUAUGUGAUAUACAUAACUUGUCUGCACUACUGAUACUUGUGUAAACUCGUCUACUAUUAGGAUUCAUGUUUGUUAGAAUGACAUUUGGGAGAAAAUGCAGAUCUUCUCUUUUUUUUUGGGGGUUUCGUUAGCUGAUGAAAAAAAUUACUACUAGACCAGUUGCCUUUGCUGUAAGGAUGUGUAGGCCCGCAUUAGUGUGUGUUUGACUCCCUCAGAGCAGGAACCGAGGGGCCGCGUCAUCAUCACCGCCAUCGCUUCUUAGUUUCAUCACAGUCGAAACAAACCUCUGCCUUCAACAUCAGUGUAAAAUCUGUUUUUAAAUGUCAUCUUUUUUUCAUUCAGGCAGAAUUUGAGAUGAACUUCCUGAAAGGGCUAUGGGUAUACUGUUAUACCCGGCAUUAGUUAUAGAUGGUAAUAUGAUUUUCAUGUUGCAUUGCAGGAAGUAGGUGAUGUGCCACAGAGUUCUUUGGUGUUACAUGAUUUUUUUUUGUUUGUUUCGUUCUUUGACUGUGUACCUCUUUGCAGGAGAGAAAAAUGACAGAAAAAACAAAAGCUCAUCUUUUUCUUGCCUCUUUUUUCAAAUGUACUGUACAUUCAACAUAACCACUAUGUUAUAACUCACACAGGUAGAUUUAUUGAGAGAAUGUAAAGCAUAACUCAUUUUUACUGGCUGCACAGAUUGUUUUCACAUAAAGCCAUCGUUGAGUAGUGAGCGGAUUGUUUUAGUUGACCCGUCAAGGCUGUAAAUUCUCCAUUUGUGCUCCAUCAGUGUUGAGGUAUGAUUGUUUUGUUUUUCAUGUAGCUACUGUAUGGCAUCACUUUUGAGCCAUCCUGAUAUGUUUGCCUUCUUUUGAAAAUCUACCUGUAUUUGCUUCAGUUUGUGAUGUGCACUAGGGUUCAUGUCUUCAUGUCAGAUCUGUGUAGAAUACAAUGAAAAUACGCGCAGCUGUUGGCUACAUGUCACAAUUUUGGUCCUUCAAGAGCAUUUACAGAGAAAAUUGAACAUUUGUCAAAGACCAGGAUGUUAAUUGUGAAGUAUGUGGUUUUAAGUUUUCUUUUUUGCUAUUUAUAUUGUUCAAGAUUAAAAUGACCUGGUAGGCAGAUUCAGUAAUUGUUACAUUAUUCAUAACAUGGAUUUAAAUAGUUGAAUUGCUUGCAGACUUUAAAGAAAUGAAAUUAAUUUCUGAGUCAUCAGUAGCGUCUGGUUGAAUAUACUGUAGAUUCAGCAUGUUAUAAAAAUUCAGACCUCUGAGCUGCUGUUUUGUUGCCUACCUUGUUUUCAAACCAUCAAAUUGGAAGAAUGACCAAAGAAAAGUGAACAUUGCCAUGCAAGUAUUGUAAAUACCUGAUGUUUGUUUUUGUACUUUUGUUUAAAAUAAAGUGUACAUUUGGAAAA